UCAAUUUUCACCUCUGCUGCGUCUGCCUGCUUUUGAUUUUGUGUUCAAGAUUCAAGUUGAUUCCGAUUGUGCCACCAUCGUCAGUAGUCAAAAAUUGAAUAAAAUUUAUUAUUACACAAAACAAAAAAAAAAAACCCUAUCAAGAUAAGAAUUUAUACAUUUUUAUCGUGUGUUUAUUAUAAAUUGUAUUUUGAGUGGAUAUAUUUUUUCCUUAUCGUUGUUUCUCUGUUACAUACGCGCAAAAAAUUCUCUACAACAGAGUGGAUUUGUUUCCUCUUUCAUUUUUUUUUUUUUUAUGUGUUUUUCUCUGUGGUUCUUUUUUCCAAUUCUUCCUCUGAAAGAUUGUUAUUUUCUCCCUUGAAAAAAAAAAAAAACAUCUGGCAAGUUUAUUAUUUUAUUUUUCUUGUGAAUAAAAAUACACAAAAAAUUAAACAAUAAACAAAAAAAAUCACCUAGGGGAGAAUUUUCUGUUGUUCAUCAAAAUCAACCGAAUUGAAAGUCGUCUCGUCGAAAGAAACUCGCUUCGAUUCACUCACCACCAAAAAAAGCCAACACCACCACGAUUUUUUGUUUUUCCUUUUCUUCCUUCCUUGCGUCUUGUCGUUGUCGUUCUCGUCUUCGUCUCAUUUCUUGGUUCUUCUUGGUUUUUUGUGCCCAUAAUUUCGUGUGCCUUCAUCGUCGUCGUCUGUGAAGUCGUUCUCCUGUUUGCGAUCUUUAUCUGUUUACAAUAAAAUUUGCGUUGCCCCUUUAGUCUGCGUUGCCACUUCAUCCCUUUGCUUUUAACGUUUUUAUGGAAUAAAUAAAAUUCCAACUUUUGCUUGCUUACAUUGGAAACAAUUUAUAUUAACAAAAAUCGAGACUCUCUUAACCCUUCUCGUCUCUCGUUGUCGUCCAACAACAAACAAAAGCUAUGUUAUCAGGAAAAAACUGAUUGCGCGUGAUUCAUUCAAAAAACAAAAAACAAACUAAAAAGUAAAUAAUUUGCCAUAAAUUGUGUUCAACCUCAAACAAACAAAAAAAAGAAAAACAAAUAAACAAAUCACACUGCCCGGGAGACAUCAUCUAUCUGAUUCUCUGGAAUUAGAAUAAACCCAAUAAUCGCGCGCCUUUGCUUCUUUCUCGUCGUCAUCAUCCAAAUUCGAUCUCGUUAUUCUCUAUUUUUUUCUGCCAAUCAAAUCGAUUCGGACUAUCUGAUUUUGUUUAUCAAUUCAAUUCGAAGAAGUUUGCAUCUCUUCUCUGCGGGGGUCCUUUUAACGGUUUUUUUUUUUUCGAACCCAAAAUAAACAUUCUAUAACAUCUCGGUGCUACAUUCUAGCUGAGUGCUAUUGAACUCGCUUUGGUGCUUUUCUUCAAGGAUUUCGUCAUACAUACAAACAAACCCACCAAAACACACACACAUUUACAAAUAUGGGAAAAUUAUUAAGUUUACUUGCUCGAGAUGAUUCCAAUUGUUGCACAGCAAAAUCUUACGAUGUAUUUCUAGAUUUUGAAAAUGCAGCUCCAACUGAUACAGAACGUGAAGUUUAUGUUGAAGUUGAACGGGUGCUCAAAGAAUCGGAUGCUGUUUUGGAUGAAAUACAAGUCUAUAAGGGUGCUGGUAAAGAAAUUCGUGAAGCUAUAGCUGACCCAUCGCCACAAUGUCAAGAAAAAGCCUGGAACGCUGUUUUGCCACUUGUGAUCAAACUGAAACGCUGCUAUGAACACUCACUGGAACUGGAAAAAAUCGUACCAAAACUACUGGGCCAAUUGGUUGGUGGUAAAUUGAAUCCUACUCAACAUUUAGAAACACAACAGGCCCUAGUCAAACAGUUGGCGGAGAUACUUGAAUUUGUGCUGAAAUUCGAUGAAUACAAGAUGAAGACCCCAGCGAUACAAAAUGACUUUAGCUACUACAGACGCAUCGUCAGCCGCCAGCGUAUCGAUAGCACUAAUAACCUUCUGGUUAGUACAGAGCUAGCAAAUCGUAUGUCAUUAUUUUAUGCCCACGCAACACCAAUGCUGAAAGUACUUAGCGAAGCAACAUCAAAAUUUGUCGACGAUCAUGCUCAAGAUGUUGAAAAUACCACAGAGACAUUAGGCACAAUGGCGAAAGUUUGUUUAAGGAUGUUGGAAAAUCCAAAACUUUUGUCUCAAAUUGAACGUGAAGAAACGCAUCUUCUAGUCCUUAGAGUAAUGGUUGGCCUUGUCAUCCUCUACGAUCAUGUUCAUCCUGUCGGAGCAUUUGCCCGUGGAGCACAUGUAGACGUCAAAGGAUGUGUACGGUUGCUGCAGGCCCAGCCCGCCAUCAAAGCAGAGCCACUCCUAAAUGCUCUCCGCUACACAACUAAACAUCUUAACGAGGAAAAUACGCCGAAAAAUAUUCGAAAUCUUUUGGCUGCAUAAUAGUCGGAAUCCAAAAUCCCCCUUUUUUAUUAUAAAAUAACUUUUAUUGAAAGAGUGCUGAAUUGCAUUUAGAAUUUAUUAAACACAAUACACAAUUAUUUGUUCGUUGUAAUUCUAAAAAAAAAAAUAAUUAAUUAAUUAAUUGAAAAUUUUAAUUU